UACAUAAAUUCGUUACUAUGGUUUCGAAAUAGUUUUUGAAAAAAAAAAAAAAUUACAGACCAUGACAAAACUAUAAAUUAAUUAUAAACGUGACGCUCAUUUUUAAACAAUUUGAUAAGAUAUUGGAUUAUCAUGUUUCGACGCGGCAAAUUGCAUUUCCUGAGCACCAAAGAUGAUCGCAUCAAAGUAAUGAAUGACCGAAUCAAUUUGGCGGAGAAACAUUUGAUGGAAAUAUGCGUCGCAUUUGCGGCGUGUACGAGGAAGAUAGCGAAGUAUCGCGAUGCUUUCGAUGAGUUGGGCCACAAAGUCAAAAAUUUCGCCGAUGAAGAAAAAAUCAAUUAUAGUUUAAGCGACGGUUUAAAUUCCGUCACGACUUCCAUCACUGUUCAAGCUGAUUAUAUGGAUUUGCUGGUGCAUCGGUUAGAGAUGAAGAUUGUGAACGAGUUGAGUCAAUUCGAAAAUCUUUGCAAAUCCACACGUGAAAACUUACGUGCAGCUACCAUUGCUCGCGACAAGGAAGUGUUGAAACAGCAGCAAUUGAUGGAAAUCAAAUCUAAAUUUACGGCGAAUAAUACGGCAGCAGAUUCAGAGCUAUUGAAAGCCAAAUUGGAGGUUAAUCGCGCCAACAAAGAAAUCGAUGAUAUCAUAAAUAGCUUUGAGCAGCGUAAAUUGGCUGAGCUAAAAUCGUUAUUAACCAAUUUCAUACUUAUAUCAUUGAAAUACCACACCAAAACAUUGGAAGCACUCUCAGCCAGUUAUUAUGAUGUUACAAAUAUUGAUGAACAUGGAGAUUUUAGUGAAUUUCAAAAGUUAAUGAAAACUAAAACCGAACCAAGAACGCGAAAGCUUGCAUUAAAGAAGGGAAUGAAGUCACAAUCGAUGGAUAGUUUGGAUCAUGAUACGCUUUUGAGUCCCUUAAAGCGGCGCAGCAAAUUGACGCGCAGCAACAAAAGCUUGUCUGGCAAAACUGAUGAUGAGCAAGAAAAUGAUGAAGAUGAGGAUGAGGACGACGAUGAUGAUGAUGAGGAGGAAAUUGCAUCUGUCGAUAAUACUAACGACGAAGAAGAGCAUUCCGGUACGGUUUCAGAAGACGAUGAGAACACUGAAAGAAGAACCGACUCAAAGCCUGCAACAAAAGUUAAUAAGGCUGACGAGAAAAAGUCCAAAGAGCAACCUAAGCAUCCAUUCCGAGCUGUAGCAUCGGCACACGUAAGAACCCAACGACAAUUGCAUGGGAAAUCCAAAUAGUUAUAGGCUGCUUAGGAUCAUUUUUUAUCAUAUACCAUAUUACGUUUUAGUACCAUAAUUGGCAUAUUUUAAUCACGUGUUUAUAGAGCUAUGUAUAUGCAAGUAAAAAAAUUCAACUGUUCCUUCUAUUUAACCGCCAUGACAUGAUGCAUGAAAAAAAUAACAAAGGAUACAAUACAAUUCAUAACAUGUCUAUAAACUAAUUAACUUCACCUCUCGAUCAGGUCGGCAAGUCACAAAGUCAUCGUAAACCAUUCGCUGCAAAGAGUGGCGUCGGCAUACCAACUUCGCAUAAGCGUGCGGCUGCUUCACAAUCUG